AUGCUAAAAUACUCUAUUUCUGCAACUGCCCCACACAUAACUCAUAUUAUAAAUUGCUGCAUAGAGGUUGGUUAUUAUCCUAGUUUAUGGAAAUAUGCUCUUAUAAAACCUUUGCCCAAAAUAAGCAUACCGUCUGUAUAUAAUGACUUAAGACCGAUUAGUAUACUGCCUGCUCUGUCUAAAGUACUGGAGAAGGUGAUCUAUUUACAGUUAUAUGAAUUUGUGAUUUCUAACCAAAUUAUACCUGAAUCACAGUCUGGAUUCAGAAGGGGCUAUAGCACAACUUUGCUCCUUUUAAAUGUAUCAGAUGAUAUUAUUAGAUCUCUCGACGCUGGCCUUGCUACAGCUCUUGUAUUUCUUGAUUUUUCGAAGGCGUUUGAUACGAUUGAUCACUGCUUACUUCUUGCAAAGUUACGAUAUUAUGGUAUAAAUCAAUUGGGCUGCCGACUUUUCAAAUCUUACCUUCAGGGCCGUUACCAAUGUGUUGUGGUUGAUAAUAGCUCGUAUUCUGACUUCCAGCCUGUGACUUCUGGAGUCCCUCAAGGCUCCAUAUUAGGACCUUUGCUAUUUAUUAUAUAUACGUCUGAUAUUUUUAAAACUAUCACUUAUUGCAAGAUACAAGGUUAUGCUGAUGACACACAAUUAUACCUGUCGUUCGAUCCUAGAUUUAUAAAUACCGCAUCUGCUUAUAUUAAUCAAGAUUUAGAAAAUAUUCAAAAAUAUUCAUUUAAUCACAACUUAAACCUCAAUCCAGAUAAAUGUUAAGUUGUUAUCUUCUCUCCGCCAAAUUUUUAUGCAGCAUAUCGACUUAACAUUAAAUGGAAAAUCAGUCUCAGUAGUUAAUAGUGCAAAGAAUCUUGGUGUUAUUUUCGACUGUAAGCUCAGAUUUGAAGAGUACGUCUCACUAUUAGUGAAAAAGACUUACCUAGUUUUAAGGCUACUGUAUCGAAAUGGUGGUAUUUUAAAUUUUAAAUUACGUAAAAAGCUCUCAGAGAGCCUAGUAUUACCUAUUUUAAAUCAUGCAAUUACGCUUUAUUAUCCCUUCUUAACGUCUAUUUUGAAAUACAGACUUCAAAAGGUACAAAAUUGCUGUUGUAGAUUUGUUUUUAGGCUCAAAAAGUUUGAUCGAAUCUCAGCUAAAAUAAAUGAGUUAAAAUGGUUAAAACUGGAAUAUACUCAUAAAUAUUAUACUUCUAUUUUAGUUCACCGUAUUUUAUCAUCACAGAGCCCUGCUUACCUGAAAAGAAAAUUAGUCUUUAGGCGUGAUUUGCAUGAUUUAAAUACGAGGUUC